UGUUAUAAUAUUUUGUAGUUAUUUAAUCUGCUUGGUUUUACAAGGCUCACUCUUAUUGAARCACUUUUAAAACACAGAAAAGAUAUUUUGAAACAGUGUUUAGGGACAAAUGAAAAAAAAUCUUUGCUUUCAAUGAAUUUAAAAAUGGAAAAAAGACCUAGACACAUGGAAAUGAUUACUAUUGAAACUGAAGAGGAUAAAUUACUUAGAAAAGAAUUAAGAAAAGAAGAAAAAGCUAGCCAAAAAAUAAAUCGCCGACAGGAUUCUGAUUCAGAUGAUGAGAUUUUAAAAAUGGUUUCUAAAACGACAAGUGCAGCAAAUGUUCCUACAUUUAUUGACCCAAAAAGUAGAAAAGCACCUUCAGYUCAGAAAUACCCCCAUGUUUACGAUAUGAAUUUUGAAUCUAAAGUAUCAAGUUGUUUCAUAUCUGGAGAAUCAUGUGUUAUCCCUGCAGGAGCUAAAAGAACAGACCAUCGAACUUAUGAAGAAGUUUAUAUUCCAGUUGCAAAAAUGACUCAAGAAUUGACUGUUGGAAAAGAAUUGAUUUCCAUUAAAACUCUUGAUGAAGUUGGUCAAAAAGCAUUUCAUGGUAUUACCAAUCUUAAUAGAAUACAAUCGGUAGUUUUUGAUGCAGCAUAUAACACUAAUGAAAAUUUACUAGUAUGUGCCCCAACUGGAGCUGGAAAAACUAAUGUUGCUUUGUUGACCAUAAUCCAUCAAAUUAAACAACAUAUUAGGAAUAAUGAAAUAAAUAAAAAUGAAUUUAAGAUUGUAUAUGUUGCUCCAAUGAAAGCUCUCGCUGCCGAAAUGACUGCAAAUUUUUCUAAACGCCUUUCUAGCCUAGGAAUUUCUGUUCGUGAAUUCACUGGAGACAUGUCACUUACCAAAACAGAAAUGCUCAACACUCAAAUAUUAGUUACAACUCCUGAAAAGUGGGAUGUAGCUACUCGUAAAGGAACUGGUGAUGUUGCGUUAACAUGUUUAGUUAAGCUAUUAAUUAUAGACGAGGUGCAUUUAUUGCAUGGUGAUCGUGGUCCAGUCCUUGAAGCUCUUGUAGCACGUACUUUAAGACAAGUCGAGUCUUCUCAGAGCAUGAUUCGAAUUGUUGGUUUAUCUGCUACAUUACCAAAUUAUAAAGACAUAGCACGUUUCUUAAGAGUUAAUCUUUAUAAAGGACUAUUUUAUUUUGAUGGACGUUUUCGACCAGUACCAUUAGUUCAAACAUUUAUUGGGGUUCGUGGUAGCAAGACUGUAAAAAUGGUACAGGAAAUGGAUACAGUUUGUUAUGAUAAAGUGUAUGAUAUGGUACAAAAAGGACAUCAGGUUAUGGUGUUUGUGCAUGCUCGCAAUGCCACCAUUAAAACAGCUAAUGUUUUUAGAGAACUUUCAACUCAGAAAAAUCACCAGUCUGCAUUUCUUCCYCAAGACUCUAAUAGAAUAGGUAUAGCUAAAAAGGCUUUUGAACGUUGUCAUUCAAAAGAAUUAAGCGAAUUAUUAAACAGUGGAUUUUCCGUUCAUCAUGCUGGUCUUCUGAGAUCUGAUAG